ACCUAUUUGUACCCGCAACUCUCGCUUGGCGCCGCCGCAAAGCGCGAGCCCGCACCGUCGAUCCACUGCUGCUGCUCCUGCUAUUUACCACCGGUCUCCAGGCGUCGUCGUCAGAGGAAGGAGGAGGAGGUCCGGCCGGUCGAUCGAUGGCGGCGGCGGCGGCGGCUACCUCCGUGCGGGGGUGCGGCCCGGCGUCGGCCUCGUCGGUGUCCUUCUCGCCGCGGCGGGUGACCACCUCAUCCUUCCUGCCGCCCCUGCCGAGGCGACGAGCACCGUCCUCCUCGAUGCGCGCAAGGGCCCUGGUCGCGGACGUGCCGCCCCGGGCGCUGCAGCCAGUCCGGCGGGAGAAACGGGAGCCCGGGCUGUUGGAAUCCGUGUUCGGCGAAGACGAGGACGAGCAGGACGAGGAGGUCGGGGAGGAGCGGGUGGAGGGGUGGAUGCGGGAGUCGAUCGCGGAGAUCGUGCGGCACGUCGGCGAAGCCCCGUUCCUCGUCCACCUCUUCCGCGACGACGGGCGGGAGGGCGGCGGCGGCGUCACGGUGCAGCGCGAGCCGGCGUCCGCCGAGACCUGGCCCGACGUGCGGCGGCGGUGGGGCAAGGGCGGCGGCCAGCGCCGGCCCGACGGGAUCAUCCUCGUCGAGCAGGUCGCGGCCGCGGCGGUCGAGGACGGCGCCGAGGCGGCGCGCCAGGUCUGGGGCCUCGUGGUGCAGGCCCGCGGCAUGGAGUGCGCCGCCUGCUACGUGCUCGACACCUGCCGCGUCCGCUCCCCCGCCGGCUUCUGCACCCACUUCUGCCUCGCCCGCGCGCAGUGCUUCGGGGAGCCCCUCGAGCUCCAGCUCCGCAACGCCUGGCUCAACCGCCUCUCCGGCCACCGACGAUAGCCCAUAGCCGCCGCCGAUGUACCACUACUAGCAUAGAACCUCCUGACGACGCCGCCAAUGCGGUGCCUCCGGUCCGGCUGCUGGGGAGAAGGAACCGAUCGAGGCCUGGAGAUCGAUCAAUUGGGGGAAGCAAGGAGCACAUUGA